AUGGCUGGUAGUCAGAAGAACACCACCGCGGAGGAGUGGUUCAUGCCCCUGACCAGCCAGGAGAAGGACAGCUGGAACGGCUUCUGCGAGAUCGAGAAUGAGCCAGCAAUCUUCAACGCGAUGCUAGAGGACUUUGGCGUCAAGGGGGUCAAGGUGCAGGAAGUAGUGUCGCUGGACGAGGAGAUGCUGGCCUUUUUGCCGAGACCCAUCUACGGUCUGAUCUUUCUCUUCCGUUGGAGAGAAGACGACCAGUGCAAGCAAGAGCAGAGCUGUCCUGAAUCGCUCUGGUUCGCCAAUCAGACGGUGGAAAACGCAUGUGCCACUGUUGCAUUGCUCAAUAUCAUCAACAACAUCAAAGGCAUCGAGAUGGGAGAGCAACUGAAGUCGUUCCGGAAAUUCACCCAAGACUUCAGUCCUGCCAUGCGCGGCUAUACGAUUGGCAACUUUGAAUUCGUCAAGCAAGUACACAACUCGUUCGCCAGGAAAAUGGACAUUCUCAACACAGACCUGCUGCUUAAGAAUCAGCAGGGGAGGAAGGCUAAGGGUAACCAAGAGCCAGACAAGUCCGAAGCAGGCUUCCAUUUUAUUGCAUUUGUCAAGGCCAAGGGGAGGGUAUGGAAGUUCGACGGCCUAGAACGGCAACCCCAGAGUCUCGGAGAAUGCGUCGAAGGAGACUGGCUUGGGCUGGCGACGAAAGAAAUUCAGACGAGGAUGGCAGACUAUGAAGAAGAAGAAAUCGAAUUUUCCAUCCUCAGCCUGUCCAAAGACCCGAUGACUGUAUACCUGGCCGACCUGGCAUCCAAUGUCAAGGCUCUCCAGCAUAUAAAUAGCCGUUUAUCCGAGCUCGGAGAAAACUGUGACGAGGCAGACCAGGAGAACGCCACGCUAGACGGUCCAGACGCGCAGUACGGGCUGACCCUGGACAUACUCGAGCUCGCAUUGGUGCCCAGCGAGCUAGCGGAGGCAACCGAGAACGGCAGCAAGGCACACGACCUCAACUCGCUUGCGCGCCAGCGCCAGGCCCUGGUCGAGCAGCAACGUCUCCUCCGCACACAGAUAAAGGACGAGCAGCGCAGCAGGCAGAUGGAGCUUGAUUACGCCCGCAGCCGCCGCCACGACUACAACGCUGCCGUUCAUUGCUGGACUCGCCUUCUCGCGCGCAAGCGGAAGUUCGAAGAGCUGAUUAUCUAA